AUGCCCCGCGGCUUCCUGGUGAAGCGCAGCAAGAAGUCCACUCCCGUGUCCUACCGGGUCCGCGGCGGCGAGGACGGCGACCGCACGCUGCUGCUCUCGCCGGGAUGCGGGGGCGCUCACUCCGAGCCCCCAGUGCCGAGCCCGGACCCGAGUCCGCUGCCGCAGCCCGCCGGGCGCGCCCAUGCGGCGCUCGCCGCCGCGCUCUCUUGCGCGCCUGGCCCGCUGCCACCCCAGCCGGGCCCGCGGGCCGCGCACUUCGGCAACCCCGAGGCCGCGCACCCCGCGCCGCUCUACAGCCCCACGCGGCCAGUGAGCCGCGAGCACGAGAAGCACAAGUACUUCGAGCGCAGCUUCAACCUCGGCUCACCGGUCUCGGCCGAGUCCUUCCCUACGCCCGCUGCGCUGCUCGGAGGUGGCGGCGGUGGCGGGAACGGCGCAGGCGGCAGCGGCACCUGCAGCAGCGACCCGCUGUUCUUUGCGCCCGCUGAGCUCAAGAUGGGCACGGCGUUCUCAGCGGGCACCGAGGCAGCCCGCGGCUCGGUGCCCGGCCCCCAGCUGUCCUCCGCUGCCUCCCUGCGGCCCCCGGGCAAGCGGCCCGCGCCCUCCGCCGCCCCCGAGCCUCCAGCCAAAGUGGCCAAGGCUCCCAGUGCCAAGAAGCCCAAAGCCAUCCGCAAGCUGCACUUCGAGGACGAGGUUACCACAUCGCCUGUGCUGGGGCUCAAGAUCAAGGAGGGCCCGGUGGAGGCUCCGCGGGGCCGCGCUGGGGGUGCGGCGCGGCCGCUGGGUGAAUUCAUCUGCCAGCUCUGCAAGGAGGAGUACGCCGACCCGUUCGCGCUGGCGCAGCACAAGUGCUCGCGCAUCGUGCGCGUGGAGUACCGCUGCCCCGAAUGCGCCAAGGUCUUCAGCUGCCCAGCCAACCUAGCCUCCCACCGCCGCUGGCACAAACCGCGCCCUGCGCCCGCCGCUGCCCGUGCGUCGGAGUCCGAAACCACUUCCAGGGCUGAAGCGCGGGAGGCGACGGGCGGCGGCAGUGACCGCGACACGCCGAGCCCCGGUGGCGUGUCGGAGUCGGGCUCGGAGGACGGGCUCUACGAAUGCCACCACUGCGCUAAGAAGUUCCGCCGCCAGGCCUAUCUGCGCAAGCACCUGCUGGCGCACCACCAGUCGCUGCAGGCGAAGGGCCCGCCACCCGCGGCCCCGCCGGAGGACCUACUGGCCUUGUACCCGGGGCCCGAGGAGAAGGCACCGCAGGAGGCGACCGGAGACGGCGAGGCAGCCGGCGUGCUGGGCCUGAGUGCCUCCGCCGAGUGCCACCUGUGUCCUGUGUGCGGGGAGACGUUCCCCAGCAAGGGUGCCCAGGAGCGCCACCUGCGCCUGCUGCACUCCGCCCAGAUGUUCCCCUGCAAGUACUGCCCGGCCACCUUCUACAGCUCGCCUGGCCUCACGCGGCACAUCAACAAGUGCCACCCGUCGGAGAACAGACAAGUAAUCCUCCUGCAGGUGCCUGUUCGUCCGGCCUGCUAG